AUGGCCGCCUCCCUGAACCGGAUGAAUCAGAUCACAAGUUUACAGCCUCAAACCGGGCCGUCUGCCAUGGAAUCCCUUCGCAAAUGCACCUUUCUUCUCAUAGUCGUGUCUUUACUCUGUCGACUAUCGCUAGCGGACGAUUUCGAGCUGGAGGAAUUCUUGAAACGGGAAUAUUCUCUCAUCAAACCGUAUCGAGGUCUGGGCUUCUCCAGCUCUUCCCAGUGGGAUCUUAUGGGCACAGCAGUGGUCACCCCUGACUACAUACGCCUGACCCCAGACUCCCAGAGCAGACAGGGGGCAGUGUGGAGCCGUGUGCCUUUUUAUCUACGCGACUGGGAGCUGAAAGUGCAUUUUAAAAUUCACGGACAAGGAAAGAAGAAUUUCAACGGUGACGGCCUGGCAAUCUGGCUGACCAAGGAGCGAAUGCAGAACGGUCCUGUGUUUGGGAACAUCAAUAAAUUCACGGGGCUGGGCAUUUUUGUGGACACCUACCCCAACGCAGAGAAGCAACAUGACAGGCUUCAGAUUGGGGCUCAGGUAGAGUCACUCCUACACAGAGGGAGACAGAGCAUGUUCUGUGGUGUUCUCAUCAAACCUUCCUUCAGUUUAUGUUUCUAA